AUGACACGGCAGAGAGUUCAGCUCAAGCGAAUUGAGUGCGACGAAAAGUGGCGAGAGUGCUACCGGAAGCGCAAGGAAGGGUUGAAGAAGAAGAUCUUCGAACUGUCGACAUUGUGCGGCGUCAAUGCCUUCUUGGUUUGCUACGUGCCGUUGGGAGACGUCGUCACAUGGCCCCCCGACGACCACGCGCUGUGCGAGCUCGCCGAGAAGUAUGAGAGCCUCACCGCCGAGACGAAGGCCAAGCACAACCUCAAUAUGUCAUCCUACCUUCUUUCCGAGAUCCAGAAACAGCAGAAAAGGCUCAAUAAGGUUACGGCCGCAGAUGAUCUUCUUGCCCGGUGGAACGGCCGUCGGCUCGAUGACAUGACGGAGGUCGAACUGCGAGAGCUACUGCAGCUGCUGGACGAAACAUUGGAAAGAGCCCGACGGAGGAUUACGUACCUCUACAGCGAGAAAUGCUUCGAUGAAAACAUCGAAAGCGGUCCAUGCUUCACUCCCCCUACUCCUUUGGCGGACGAAGAUCUUAACUUCGCGCAUGUGCACCUCUACGGUGGGAAGCGCUUCGGCAAAAGCCUCGAAAGCAGUGGUGCCGAAACUGUUCCAUGCUUCACUUACCCUACUACUGCUUUGGCGGACGAAGAUAACAACGUUACGUCGUACUACGGCGAGAAGUGCUCAAACGAAAGCGUCGAAAGCGGUCACGCUGAAACUGUUUCGUGGCUCACUUACCCUACUACUCUUUUGGCAAACGAAGAUGAUAAGUUCACAACGACGACGAAGACAUGUUUGAACCAUACAGAGAUUCCUUUGAUUGGUUAUUUCCCCGCAGAAGAGCCCUCGGCAGAAGUGAACUUCGAUGGGAACAAUGUGUUCUUCCCUUUGGACUACAACAUUAACACUUCACCCCUUGCUUCCACAAGAAUGUUAGAACCUAGGAGAGGUGUUGAGAACUUGGCUAUUUGA